GAGUGACUACGUGACUUUCCGAUCUUCCGCUCAACCCCAACCUUGAACUUGGGUUAGGACUUAUGACUAUCUUCCAGGGUAUCCAUUUUUAUCUUCAUCCCGAAAUCCUGCCAGAGGUUCAAAACACCUUACGCCAGUCUAUAGCAGAACUCGGAGGGCAGGUCGACGGGAAUGUACCGGAUAGAGGAUACGUUUUAGCAGACUUGCACAAUCCGGAAUCGCAGCGAGCCUUCCAGCUUUUCUCAGCGGAAAGAUGGGUCGUACCGUUAACUUUCGUGGAAGCAUGCAAAACCGCAGGAGCCCAUAUCGCACCUAUUUUCCUCGAGUCAGAAGGGAGACCAAUGCCUAUUCACGUUCAUGAAAGCAUUGCAAAUGUAAAAUUCAGAGAAGCUUUGUACGAGAAGAUUCUGUACUGUGCUGGUUUUCCCUAUGCAUCGCUCGAAUCUGCACGCGUUAUCAUCGCCGAUUCGAAGACGGAUGUUUUCAAUGCUUUGGUGAAACAUUACCAGCUCACUCCCCACAAAUACAUCGAGUCUUUGGAAUGGGUGGAUAGAUGUAUCGAACGACAAGGAGUCUCCUUCACCCCUCAUGUAUUUAAAAAUCCAGGUGGAAGAAGAGCGGGAGAAGAACGUACGCAGUUCACUGAAGAAGACGAACAAAAAUUGUGCGAAUGGAUUGCUGCAAAGAUUCCGUUCAAAUCCACCGGUGGAAGAACCGGAAAUAAAUUAUAUCAGCAACUAUGCGAAAUGAGUAACCAUCCUGAAUAUUCCUGGGUUACCCGUCAUACCUGGCAAUCAUGGCGAGAACGGUACAAGAAGAACGCAGGUCGCCUUGACAAGAUUGUUGACAAGAUUGUGUCAACUACGAAACCCAACCAGGGUGAGAAAUGGCAAUAUGGCUACGUCCGCCAAGACGACGAUAAACCCAAAAAGAAGCGGAAGCGUCUUUCCAAACAUGAGGAUGGACAAGAAUUUGUUGUCGGCUCAAGCAGCGCCGGACAGGAAUCUGUUCAUGCAGAUCCACACGUUGCUGCUAAUUCCUCGCUAGGUCAGCUUGCUGGUAUACUACGGCUAGCACCUCCUGGCAAUAGAGAAGACGAAUGGAGAAUCAGAGAUGGUCAUGACCCGCCUCCCGCUUGGGCAAAAUCGAGAGGCUCAAAUGAACUCGAGGAGGGUCCCAAUGUGCAGUGCGCAAAAUCUGAGGAACCACCCACAAUAACGGACGAUACCUUGCAGCUUGCAAUCACGGUCGCCGUUGCUGGUCAUGUUCUUGAACAGGAAUUAUCCGAGAUUGCGCUGCAGACUCGCUUUACGGUGGAAGAGGUCCGAGAGUAUUACGACAAGUACGGUGGAGACCUCGAACGAACCAGCAGACGGCUCCAAAAAAUGAGAGAGCACUUAAAUGCUCUUCCUGACGAUGACUAACCAGACCACAUAAAACCCUUUGUAUUUUUGUACCUUGGAAUCUUAUUCGAUAUAGUGGGAUAACCAACUCAGUGACCACACUGAACGUACUACAUAUCCGGAUCGAACUCGGUGAAUAGUUUAUGGUCUGCCGCACGCGUAGGAGCAGACGGACUAUCAAACAC